AUGUGCACUAGCCUCAGGCUGGGAAACAAAAAGCUACGGCUCUCUCCAUUUACGCUUAGCGCCGGGAGGCCAAGGUUGCGCUUCGUCUCCUCGGCCCCUAUGCAGUGUACGCCGUUCUGUAAACUAACACGCCCCCAAAAUAUCAGAGGCAAGCCAACACUUAAACCGCAGCGUCCCGGGAACGCGGCUCAAGGACCCCGCUGGGCACCUGUGCAGCGCGCAGCCCCGCCCCUUUUGGUCGCUGCGACGCGUUCUGAUCCAUCGCGCGACCUGUAGCGCGGGCGCGCAGACGCGGAAGGCUUCGCGGGCUGUGCGGUCGACAUGGAGCCAGACGGGACUUACGAACCUGGCUUUGUGGGCAUUAGGUUCUGCCAGGAAUGUAACAAUAUGCUCUACCCCAAGGAGGACAAGGAGAACCGCAUCCUGCUGUACGCGUGCCGGAACUGUGACUACCAGCAGGAGGCCGACAACAGCUGCAUCUACGUCAACAAGAUCACGCACGAAGUAGACGAGCUGACCCAGAUCAUCGCCGACGUGUCCCAGGACCCCACGUUACCGCGGACCGAGGAUCACCCGUGCCAGAAAUGCGGCCACAAGGAAGCAGUGUUCUUCCAGUCACACAGUGCCCGGGCCGAGGAUGCCAUGCGCCUGUACUACGUAUGCACUGCUCCACACUGUGGCCACCGCUGGACUGAGUGACCCCCUCCUUUCUCCACUAAUAAUAAAUGCUAGACCCUUUCUGUA